AUGGCAAGCUCAAGCUCGGCUCUUAGGUGGGUUCAACUUUACCUCGGCAGACUUAGCGAAAGCUAUGGUGCUUCCCUCCUUCAGGCAGAAGGUGGUUACAUGUCUAUGGACAUGUUUAUUAAAGCUUAUGACCGAGAGAUUAAAGCCGGCGCAUGUUUAAGGAUUACCAAGUGCAGGGGUUUGGAGUAUUGCCCAACUCCAAUGGAACAUGCAUAG